AAAAAGUUACUUACCUUGUUGAAAGAGUUGAUACUUACCAAAUUUUAUAAAAACCUUCCUGCAAAAUUUGUAAAAAAUUACUUACCUCAAGAAUUUGUGAAAAGUGCAAAAACAAAAACAUUGUGAGUCUGAGCUGGCAACAGCCAGACAAGAUCAAGUGAAAUUUAAGUGCUGCAAAAAGCGGAACAAAUUAAUUCAAAGCCACUUUAACCAAACGCGGUACGGUUCGGUAAAACCCAACAACAAAAUUUACAAAAAAUUGAACAUUGAAGAGUUCUAGAAGAGUAUAGAAGAGUCUACAGCUCCGCUACCACAGUACCGCUAAUUCAGCCACUGCAACCAAAGGAGCUUCACACACUCUCUUACACAUACACACAGACACAAAGAGAUCAAAGAAUGGCAGCCUACUUGCCCCGUCCAGAAGACGAGCGGCCUCAAGGAAAAGAGCGUCGUCAUCGGGACGAACGAGGAGCGGAACCCCGGCCCCAACGAAAUCCGUCUCGAAAUCGCGACCGCGAUCAUGUAGAUCGGCGCGGAAGACCCACUUUCUGGCAGUACUCUUGCGGUCUCUGCCAAGAUGACCAUGCGCUGAGCACAUGCCGCCGAUUCCGGGACCAGACCCCAUACCAACGUUACGAAACUGUGGAGCGGCGGGGGUAUUGCCGUAAUUGCUUGGCGCGCAGUCAUCUUGCACCUGAUUGCCAGUCCAUCGCAGGCUGCCGUCGCUGCGAGGAGCGACAUCACACGCUGCUGCAUGGGGCACCGCAGCUUGAAAACAUGGAGAGGCCCGCCGAUGAUUUUGCUCCUGCCAACAACGCCAGACCUGCACCCACAGCAUCCCCACCCUUUAAGUGGGAUCUUGUCUUUGUGCCUACUGCCAUGGUACGAAUAGCAGAGGAUGGGGUCGAUACUUGGGCCACCGUGCGAGCGUUGAUCAAUCAAUCAUCUACAAUGUCUCGGCUGGCCUAUUCUACAUUCCGGCGACUUGGACUACGAUCGUGUACAUACCAGGGCAACAGGUUUACAACCUUCCGAUUGAUGCAUCGCAGCCCAAAUAGCAACUGGGCACUUAAGAUUAAUGCACUCAUCACAGAUGCAUUGCCUUUCCGACCCUACUCAGACCCACUUGUGGAGGACCCGACCCGUGAUUUAGCGCAAGACACCCUUGCUGAUACAGACCCUAGAGCCAACACGUCAAUAGACUUAGAAUUGGGCGCGGAUGUCUAUCCGAGACUGCAGAGGGAUGGCCAUGUCUUUGCCGGCAUUGGGGAUGUCAACGCAUUCCAGACCACUCUUGGCUACGUCUUUGUCGGCCCCAUCCGGAAUAUGCCUAGACACUAAGCUAACACUUUAGAAGAAUUACACUUGUCACGGGGGGGCAAGAUGUUUAGCAUAGUGCUAAACUUUUGCUCAGCACUGUAGUGCUAAACUUUUGCACAUAACUAUAACUAGCGGGUUGUCACUGCAUGCAUAUGCAAUGUAUGUGUGUGUGUCAGCAGCCGCUAGUUACAAGUUUUUUCAUCUCAUGGUUGUUGUUGCCGUCUGCUGAAUUCAAUCAGCAGCCGGCUUCAGUGACAAAAGAAGAAGUCAAAAUAAUUAUUAGUGAUCGAUACCUUAAACAAAACGUUCGCUCUCCCCGUGACAACAAACAAAAGCAACAAAAAAGGGAAUUAGAAUUUUUGAAAAUUAAGAACAAAUGUGAAUGUGAAACCAAGUGUAUAAAAAAGAAAAUCUAUACACUUACCUGCCUGUGUACUUACAUGCCUAUACCUACUUAUAUAUGUUAAACCAUAAAUACAUAAAAAUUAAAGAAGCCAUUUACACUGUUGAACAAAAAUACUCACCCAA